AUGGCCAUCGAAAUGCAGCAAAUCAUCGAGCUGAUCCUCGCGAUCUUCCUUCCACCACUUGCCAUCUUCAUCCACGGAUCCGACUGCAACAUCCACGUCGCCGUCAACAUCAUCCUCUGCUUCUUCUUCUACCUUCCAGCCAUCAUCCACGCUCUCUGGUACUGCUUCUUCAGAGCUUAG